AUGACGCUGGGCCUCGCGACAACGCGUCGAGGACUGCCGUCGCUGCAUUGCGCUGCUCGAAGGACCCCUCCCGACUCUUUGCGACCGCCCCGCUUUGCCACGAACGUUCGCUCAUUCUCCUCGACCUCUGCACCUCGCUCAUCGCCCAAGGUCCCUCCCACUCGCGAGUACUUCUACGACGUCGACGUGCACGGCCAGCUCUUCCUCUCCAGCACCAAGCACCGCAACGUAGCCACAGCCUACCGCGACCCACGCUUUCUCUCCACCCUCUACGCCCGCAUACGACGGAACACGGGCGACGACGAGAAGUCGCAGAGCGUCCGGCAGCAGGGCUACGAGUUUCAGAGCGACUGUCUAGGGGAGCGCAAUUACCUUCGUCCGGACAAGGACGGCACAGUCCUUGUUUUUCAGACCCUCGAGGGAGGAGAACUGUACUACGGAGGCUCUCUCACCACCCCCUUCGAUCCCGCCACACUACGCGUCGACCCAAACUCGGGAUACCUCUUCCACCCUUCACCGAUUCCCUCCCGAAGACGAGCAACCAGCGAAACGUCUCGCUACGGUCCAUACUCGCUGCUCAGGUCGUCUCUCGUCCUCGAGCAUCUUGCCAGCAGCCUCGAGUUCGACGACAACGGGCGAGGGAGUUUCGAGUAUCGAGGAAAGAGGUUCGAUCUCUCGAAACUCGAGGACGGCGAUGUAUGGCGGCGGGUUGAUUGA